AUGUACCCCAAGACGCUUCUCCUCGCCCUUCUUGCGGCUACUGCCGUCAACGCGGCUAGCUUCCACUAUCCUCCCGACGCAGCCAACGGUGCAGCCGACUUCGGCACCUGCACACCCACCAUGGACUUCCAACUCGGCCGAGCCGGCCGCAAGCCCGACGAAGGCACCUUCCUGCCGACCGAUGCCGUCGUGGCCCAGGGCCAGCAGGACGCGCUCAACCCCAACAUCAUCACGAACCGGAUCUGUGACCAGCUGGGCAAUGUUUGCGGGGCCAACGACGCGGCGAUUGCGCAGUGUGAGGACGCGAAGGCUACGGUGGAGGGGCUGGGGACUAAGGAUGAGACUACGGCGGCGGCGUUUAAUGCUGCUUUGGGGUUUUAG